AUGUGAUGGUGACGUCAUUCUAUUUGGUAGUGUAGCCGGAAGUAUCAACGAGAGUAAAAUUUAAAUUAGAAAAGCGAGUGUUGCAUUACGUCUAAAUCGAGAAGAAUAAGAGCAAUAACAAUACAUUAAUUAUUGGACCAUCAAGGAGCCUACCAGCAUGUCGAAUAUGGAGAAGCAUCUCUUCAAUCUCAAGUUUUCAGCCAAAGAACUGCAACGAAACUCUAAAAAAUGUGACAAAGAGGAAAAGGCAGAGAAGGCAAAAGUCAAAAAAGCUAUCCAGAAAGGAAAUGUGGAAGUGGCACGGAUCCAUGCGGAAAACGCCAUCAGACAGAAGAAUCAGUCAGUCAACUUCCUUAGGAUGAGCGCUCGGAUCGAUGCAGUGGCUUCCAGGGUCCAAACAGCAGUCACAAUGAACAAGGUCACUAAAUCUAUGGCUGGAGUGGUGAAAGGCAUGGAUGCCACGCUGAAGAGUAUGAACCUGGAGAAGAUCUCAGGCCUCAUGGACAAGUUUGAGCAUCAAUUUGAGACGUUGGAUGUGCAGACAGCCCAAAUGGAGGACUCCAUGAGUAGCACAACCACCCUUACCACACCACAGAAUCAAGUGGAUUCACUAAUGCACGAAUUGGCUGAUGAAGCAGGUUUGGACCUGAACAUGGAGCUCCCACAGGGGCAUACUGGAUCAGUGGGCACCAGCGUAGCAUCAGCAGAGCAGGAUGAACUGUCUUCAAGGCUUGCCAAACUCCGAGACCAAAUGUAAAGGAAGAACUCAGUCUGAGACCUCAAUGCAUGGCCUGAACUGGCCUAAACUGGAUAAUGUCUUUGUCUCUCAUUUGGUUUCUCUUUAAAUAUCUAUCUUCUUUGAGAGCCUUGCCCUUGGGUCCUUAUUGGUGUUCGAAAUGUACUAUUUUAUAUAGAGAGUAUCAAGGUACAGGAAUAUAGGCCACCAGCCUACUAACACAGACUUAUUGGUUAUGGAAAAUUCAUGAAUUUUUGAAAUAUAUUAUAACUGGGAUGGUUGCAUCUCCAACUGAU